UCGCUCUAUUAUCUCAUUACACAUUUUCUUAUAAUUUUCUCAUAUUCUCUUUUUUUGUCUAAUUAUAAUUAUUUGUUUCAUUGAUUUAUCACAAGAGUCUUCGAACAAGAGAAAGAAAAAGAAUCCCAUUUUUUAAUACUAAAGUCAAUCACCUAUCAUUUGAUUUUGAUCUUGUACAAAAUAAAUGGCAAAUUGCAGAACUCCACGACCGUGCGUUGGCAAGCUCAGCCGCGGCGUGGUUUGGGAAAACUCCGAUUUUCGGUCUGAACCUCCAGGUUCUUGGGGAUGUCCGAAGCAAAUGAGACACAAUCACGUGUCUUCUUCGACAACGGAGCAUCAACGACGAAGCUGGACCAACGCUAACGGUAAAGAAACAAAGAGCCAUUCCAAUUUUGCAGACUCUGGUGGGAUUGUUGCGGUGGAGGAAGCGGAGUUAGUGGCAGUGUUGAGGGAGGCUCAUCCGUACGUGAAUUUACAUAGAGACAGUAAAUUUGUCGUUAUGUUGUCGGCUGAGCUACUUGACUCCGGUUCGACCCUCGACGGCAUUCUCAAGGUCAUUACUAUUUACUCUUUUCACAUUACUAGAUUCCAAAAAAGACAAAACGCGUGACUCGUGAGCAAGAAAUGCAUCACUCAAAUAAUUUCUAAAAUAAUAUCAUAGUAAUGACUAAUAAUACUUUAUACAUACCACAAUGUUGUCCUCAGUUUUUUUAUACCGUUAUUAAUUAUUCCCAUAUCGUGUGUAGUAGUGUUUUCUAAUCAUUACAUUUUU